AACGAGGCUCUUUCACUCGGGCUGGCUAGAACUCAAACAUCUCUGAGCCCUGAAUGAGCUGCAGGAAUCAUUCAGCGUCCAGCUUUCUGACAGUGUGCUUUGCCUGCCCUGCAAAUAUGGACGCCAACUGUGCACGUAGCUUUGGGGGUGUCGCUGAUUAACAACCAGUCUUCUCAGUGGACAGAGCUAGGGAAUAUAUCUAUAAGCGCUUGAUGUCUGGAGCAUAGAAGCCAUUGUGUGACCAUGAGGCAGCUACACACUAAGGACGUUCAAGUGGAAAGUUUCCGUCUUGCUGGUGCCUGGUCUGCUGACUAUGCUGUUGGGGCGAAGUCUCAGAGCCUGACAAACAGGAGGUUACGCUUCCCACGAAAGGUCACAGAGCAGCGCCGUCUGCUAGAAUGCCCUGUGAAGAUGGAAAUGUGCGUCUGUGCUGUCCACGAGGGGAGCCACGUGUCCCUAGCUACUAUACACUUGGAACAUGCCUGGGGAAAUGGCGUCCUGCUGGAGGGAGAACUGGUUGAUGUAUCUCCGCACAGCAUCUCAGACGCCCACGGCAGGAAGGAACGCUACUACGUGCUGUACAUCCGGCCUAGUUGCAUCCAUCGUCGUAAGUUCGACCCCAAGGGAAAUGAAAUCGAGCCCAACUUCAGUGCCACCAGGAAGGUGAACACGGGCUUCCUCAUGUCAUCCUACAAGGUGGAUGCCAAGGGGGACACUGACAGACUGACGCCCGAGGCACUGAAGGAGCUAGUCAACAAGCCAGAGCUGCUUGCGCUGACAGAGAGCCUCACUCCUGCGCAGACGGUGGCGUUCUGGAUGCCUGAGUCAGAGAUGGAGGCGCUGGAGCUGGAGCUGGGGGCUGGGGUACGGCUGAAAACUCGAGGCGACAGCCCCUUUCUGGAUUCAUUAGCCAAACUUGAGGCCGGCACAGUGACCAAGUGUAAUUUCGCUGGUGAUGGGAAGACAGGGGCAUCCUGGACAGACAACAUCAUGGCCCAAAAGUCUUCAGAGCCGGCCUCGGCGGAGACUCGAGAGCAGGGGGAUGGGGCAGAGGACGAGGAGUGGGAUGACUGACUGAGUUUACGGGGAGACGGAGUGCCUCCAGGGCCAACCAGCGCUGUUGAGAAUUUCUUGCAACUUCCAUUCCGGAGCUGGAAGAAGCAAUCCGACCAUCCUUACCUGGUUCUUCCCUAGAGCCGCCGUGGAACACCCUUUGAACGAGCUCUGCUGAGAUCAAAUCCAAGUCCACCACGUUAGCAGUGGGGCCCCAUGCUAUGACUCAUGGAGGGUCCAUCCCUGGAUGUGAGUUCAGCCUCCCUAGACGUUUUCAUGAUGGCCCUUGCCCUGAGUGGCAGCCUUGUUCCUGGAGGCAGGUGGUGGGCGAGUUCCCCAGGGCAGGCAGGGGAACUGGACCUGGCCUUGGCGCAGAAUUGGGGAACAUCCCUCAUCUGCAUGCAGAGUGGCUCAGAGCUGUUAGCGGGGCUCCUUCCUCUGUUCUUGUGCUUCCUGCUUUCCCUCACACCUGCCCCACCACCGCCAGCGCUGAGUGCUGUGGGCUCUGCUGUCCUCUUCAGGCCUCCUGUCCCUGUGCCCUUUUCUUCCCCGAGAGCUGCCAGUUGUUUAUUCCUCCUUCAGGUCUCUGCCGCCCUGGGGGGUUCCUGCCUCCUCACCUCCCUGGCUGCUUUCCUGGGGCUGCUGCAGUCAGGGUUGGCUGGCUGGUCCCCAUCUCUCAGGUGUACUCUACCAGGCCACGUUUUGGUGACACCUCUUUUGUUGUUGUUUUGUACCUUGAAGACUUUUUACGAAUGAGUAAAUCUUUAGAAAAGGGUUCCUCCACACCGACGGGGUUAUUGUCGGGUGUAAAGGGUCUUCCAGCUGAACAAGAAAUCUACAUGUCCUAAAAAUGAGUAGGGACUUGGUGGCACAUGGGUCCUGCCUGCCUCAGAGAAAAGAGGAGGUGGUGGUGAACUAACAAUUGUUGAGAAAAACACAGCUCUGGGUGUUUUCUGCGGUAAUAAUUAUAGCCACUGACUGAUGAGUGCUUCCGGGUGCUAGUACUUGUGCUAAGCAUUUGCAAUAUCUUACUUAAUUGUCACCACAAUACCAUGAGGUACUGUGAUUAUUAUUCCAUUUUUUCCAUGUGACACUGAAACUCAGAGCCUCCAUUGAUCGUGUAUAGAGGAGAGAGCCCAGGCAGUCAGAGUUCAAGGUCCACAUUCUUAACUACUGGAUUAUUCUGCUCCUACAUGUAUACUACAGAGGAGAAAGGGGGCCUCAGAAAUGUUAAGCAACUUGCCCAGGGUCACACAGCUAAUAGGUGGCAGAGCCAGGAUUCAAAUCCAGAGCUGACAGAAGCAAAAUAUAUGCUCCUUUCCCAUCCCCUGCUCCCUUGGCCUACAGAAGGGCAUUGGACAGAGGACCCAGGAGAGGUCCUGGCCCUGUGAAGCAUGGUUAUAUUCCCAGACUUUAGGGAGCUUGCCUAAACCCUUGACUGCUGAUCUGUCCAGGCUGAAAUCAGCCCUGCAGUAUCAGCAGUUGAGCAGGUAAUGCUUCCAACGUUUAUUAUCAUGGCUAUGACUGUGCUUUCUUGCAUAUUUGAGCCCGGGCUCAAACUGUAAGGCUUGGGACUCACACUUCAGUUAAACUAGAAGCUGCCUCUCUGGUGUCCUGCAUUUGAAAGGGGCUGGCCCACUGUUGAGCAUGCUGAGACCUCAGCCACGGGGGUGGCCAAAGAAGUGGUUAAGCAGGAGGAGAAAUGGGACACUGGCUGGGGGUAGAGGCACCAGGGAGAGCAUCCCGCUGCCCAGAGCUUGUAUGAACAGGCCACCAUUCCAAAGGAGGCGGCCCAAUGUGUCAAUGGGGGGAAGCCCUGGGCAACCAAUGGGCUUGGUGUCUUAUGAGGGGGUGGAGGAAGGGGGCGUUCCUGGAAGAAAAAGGCCAUUUGGCUAGAGCUCAGAAUGGAUGGGAGCUGCAGUGUGUUUGAGAUGAGGCUGGAGAUCGGGCAUGGGAUCUUAAGCAUGUUCAGUAUUUUGGGACUUUAUCUUUAACAUCCAGGAAGCCAGUGAUCCCAGGGAGUGAGAAGAUCUGAUUUGUAGAUUUCAAAGAUCAGUUGACAACAGAAACUGAAGACAAUGGGCCUAACUAGGAGACUGUUGCAGUUGUCGGGGUGAGAGGCUAGAGUGGAUUGGUCUAUAGACAGGAAGAAAUUGACUUUGCAGCAAGACAACAGCACUAGCAAAGCAAUGGAGGUGGGGAAGUGGCCUUUUCCUGGAAUAUUAAUUUCUGUCUAUGGUUGUUAUCAUACUAUACCUACACAUGAAAUUGGAUAAUCCUUUUUCAGUUGUAUGAUCACUUUCCAUAUUGCUACAUAGUCUUCAUAACCAUCGUUUUUAGGAUUGACUGCCAUUUAAAAUAGCUCUAUCAUUGUCCAAUUUGGGGGUAAUUUAUUGGUCCCCUUUUGGAGCUAAUGUAAUUAACGUGUCAAGAACUGUUGUGAAUUAUAUAAUCCCCUCAAUCUCACCCACCCAUCCAUCUCCCUCUGUAGCCCCCGCCCCACUAUAUUUUUGGGUAAUUUCUUUAGGGGUUGAUUUCCAGGAAUCAGAUUACUGGGAAUCUAGGAAUUUUUUGUAAAGGUCUUGUUAUAUUGCCAAUUGCUUUCCAAAAGUGUUGUUCUAAAUUACAAUUUCACCAGCAGUAUAGGAGAGGACCGUUUUCAUGUGACGCUUGCCAGAAUUGGGUAUAACAUUUUUAAAAUGGUAUUCGAUAAGGUGAAAAUAAUUUUAAAGUUAAUACUUCAAUUUUAAUUUUCCCUUUCCCCCAUUAAUAGUGAUCUUAAAGAUUUUUUUCAUAUUCAUUUCCUAGAUGUAUUUCCUCCUUUGUUACUCAGUUCCUUUGCCCAUUUAUCUAUUAGAGAGUAGGUCUUUUUCGUUUAUCAGUCAUGUAUAUUUUACAUAUAACUGCCAUAUUUUAACAACAUCCUUUCCAUUUUUUUCCAUUUUUAAAAAUUGGUUUUACAAACAAAAUCUUUAUAUAGACUUAUCCGUUGACUUUUUGUGAUUUUUAUGGCUUCUAAGCUUAUAUUCUCCAGAUAUUACUCAAUUUCAUUUUCUUCCAUUUUGGUUAUUAUCUGGUUUUAUAUUUAACUCUUUAAUCCACUCUGUCUUUAACUUGUGAAAGGAUAUGAAGUGAGAUAACUAAAUUGCUUAAUUUCAAAUUGCUAUUCAGUUAUCCCAACAAACUCAUUGAAUUCCUUCCUGUUACGAUGUCUCUUAUAUCACAUAUUAAAUUAUUUUAUGCUUAAGUUA